UGUAUUGUUGCCGAUGCCCCGCCUCUGGUGGUAGCCUUAAACCUGGCACCAGGCUAAAACGAACCAAAGCCAGCGCCGAACUCCCACUCAAUCGAAUUAAGGCGGACUUGAGGCUCUCUCUUACGUGUUCAUCUACCAGGAUCGACGCUGAGACAACAGGAACCAGAGGGGCUUUGGCCAAAAAAAAAAAAAAAAAAAAAAAAAAAAAAAAAAAAAAAAAGGAGUGAUUGCCUUGCCUUCUAAUUUCUCCCUCUCCAGCCACAGAACAAUGUCGAUGAGCCCAAAGCAUACGACUCCUUUUUCUGUUUCCGAUAUCUUGAGUCCUCUUGAGGAGAGCUAUAAGAAAGUAAGUAUGGAGAAUAACAACUUGGGGGCGCCUCUCACUUCUUGCCGGCAGCCGCAGGUCUCUCACGCGGCGAUGCAGCAGCACCACAUGGGCCAUAACGGGACCGUAUCUGCGGCGUACCACAUGACUGCGGCGGGCGUCUCUCAAAUGUCGCACACGGCCAUGGGUGGCUACUGCAACGGCAACCUGGGCAACAUGGGCGACCUCCCGUCCUACCAGGACGGCAUGAGGGGAAGCGCCACGGCCACCGGCUGGUACGGAGCCAAUCCGGAUCCACGCUUCUCUACCAUUUCUCGUUUCAUGGGCUCGUCUUCGGGGAUGAACAUGGGUAGCAUGGGCAGCAUGGGCAGCCUGAGCUCCCUGGCAGAUGUGGGUAAAGGCAUGACCUCCCUGUCCAGCACACCGCGGAGAAAAAGACGAGUGCUCUUCUCUCAGGCUCAGGUCUACGAGCUGGAGCGACGCUUCAAGCAGCAGAAAUACCUUUCGGCGCCCGAGAGGGAACACCUGGCAAGUAUGAUCCACCUCACCCCGACCCAGGUGAAGAUCUGGUUUCAGAAUCACCGCUAUAAGAUGAAGAGGCAGGCGAAAGACAAGGUGUCCCAGCAGCAGAUGCAGCAGGAGAGCGGCUCCUGCGCGCAGCAGCAGCAGCAGCAGCAGCAGCAGCAGCAGCAGUCUCCGCGGAGAGUGGCCGUGCCGGUGCUCGUUAAGGACGGGAAGCCGUGCCAAGGCAGCGGCCACACGCCAACGUCGUCCGUGCAGACCCACCACCAGGGGGGUGGCAACGUCAUGAUCAUGUCCAACAACACGUCCGGACUCGGGACGCAUCAUACCCAGCAGGUGGGCAGCACCGGGCACUCUCCGGACCUGGUGCAGCACUCAUCCAGUCCGCCGUCACUUCAGAGCCAAGUGGCCGGUCUGUCCCACCUGAACUCCCAAGGCGCAGACUACGGCUCGGCCCUGCAGUGCUCAGCCCUGUUGUACGGCCGGACAUGGUGACAAGAGUACUGAGCCCAAAUAACACCCUACCUGGGUGGUGG